AUGCAAUCAAUAGAUAAGAGUCGAGAGCGAGAAGUCAGAAAGUUGGCCCUGAAGCGGAAACAAAUAUUUGAUGCCCAACUUCGCACAGCAAUUAAAGAGCAUGGACCGAUGGAGACUUGGUCUGAUAUGACAUUUGCGACGAACACCAUUCAGACAGUGGAUCUGGCGUAUUUGACAAUGCCGCCCUUGCAUCCGACCUCGAAAAGUUUCCUGGAUCAUGCUGCCAAGUACCUCGAUUGCCGGCGCCAAAUGGAUACCAAAUAUGAAGAAAUUGACGAGUUUCAGAAGAUUGCACGAUUUUCGGUUCAAACGGAUUCGGGUGGCAUUGAAAUCGAAAACAAUGAUAGUAUCGAGUUUAAGCAAGAGUACCAGCAACAGGCGACGUCGGGAACACCGGUCAGCUCAAUGGAGCAACUUUAUGAGGCAGCACAAAUUGCAGAACCUGUCUUCAAAGAUAUUGUGACGAGCCUAGUUGACAGAGUAUGCACCGCCUGCGGAGAUUCGCGAGAAGCUUUAACCCUGAAAUUUCCGCCUUUGAAGGGAAGAAAGAGAGCUAGAGAGAAAUCAGAUGACGACUACAUUCAUCGAACGCCGGAUCCUGGACUUUCUUGGUUGUACGAUAUUGUGAGAGGAAGUAUCGUGUUUUCAUCUGUGGACCAGAUUGCAGCUUGCUUGGAGAUUAUGAAGGCCGAUGACGCUAUCCAUAUUGUAAAGGCUAAAAAUCGCUUUGCGAAGCCGGGACUAUCAGGAUAUCGGGAUUUGGUAUUUCAUAUCCAGAUUGAUACGCUGGGUGGCUUCAAGCACAUCUGUGAGGUUCAGAUUCACCAUGAGGAAAUUAAGAAAUUGGAGAAGGAACUUCAGUCGCACCUAUACUAUGAGUUCUUCCGCUCGUACUUUGCUGGGGGCGAAGAUGGGCUCAAGGAUCGUUUGAACGACUUGGAACUAAUCAUGCAGCAUAAAGAUGCUGGGAAAGUAUCCAAUGGUGAAGAUUUGAAAGACAAGGAAUUGUCCAGCACUGGUGAAGAUUUCUUUGAGAGUAUGCUGCAACGACCGAUGGAAGCUUCAGAAAUCACACGCUUCUGUACCUUGUUCAGUGAUCACCUCAAUGAAUAUGACUGGGCCGCUCGAUGUUGUAUCAAGCUAUUGCGAUGCGAAAUGGAUUCGGAUGGGCCGUCAAGUGUCGCUGUGGCAGAUGUGUACAGUAGGUUUGGGAGGAUUCUGCUGAAAGCUUAUGCUGGAACAAUGCUCGAGCAAGCGGAACAGCUACAUCAGAGAUCACUACAGAUCAAGACGAAGGAGCUAGGAGAGAAAAAUAUUGCUCUAGCUCAUACUCACGAAAGCAUUGCUCUUGUGCAAAUACGCCUGGAGCGUCCUUUGGAAGCCAUGAAACACCUUGAACUAGCGCUCGAGAUAAAGAAGAAUAUGCUAAGAGGUGAUCCUCUCUCUCUUGCAAAAACGUAUGAUCAUAUGGCGACGGCAGCUAUAGACCUCGACGAGAAACCUGAAGCUAUUCUGGAACUGUGCCAACGGUCUCUUGAAAUUCGAUCGAGCAAGGUUGGUGAAGACCAUCCCGACCUUGCCGGUGUAUACCAUAACAUGGGCGAUGUCCUGUCGAAGCAAUCGAAGCAUCGCGAUGCCCUGCAGAAGUAUGAACGGUCAUUGGAACUCCGAAAGAGGCACUUUGGAGAUGACCACGAAUCUCUUAUGGAGGAUUAUAGGGCGAUGUUGAAGAUCCAUUUCGAAGAAGGGCGCUUGUACGAAGUAAAGGCUCUGCAAAAGAAAAUCACCCCAGUCAUAAUGAAGGUGGCUUCUGGUAAAUCACUGGCAUACUAUGCAUACUGCAGGGAAAACGAAGGUUUUGUCCGGCGUCUGAUUGUGUUUCGAAUGUUGUGUUUUCCUUGUUUCAUGGCUCCUUCCUUCAAAGCAUUUGCCUACGGAAAGAUGAGUAAUUGGAAGAUGGGGACGGAUCCACCCAGAUAA